AUGCACAACAUUUAUUACUUGAAUGAUUUUCUUUUCCAGCGUGAGUGUAUUUCCAUCCAUGUUGGCCAAGCUGGUGUCCAAAUUGGCAAUGCUUGCUGGGAACUGUAUUGUCUAGAACAUGGUAUCCAGCCAGAUGGACAGAUGCCAAGUGACAAAACUAUUGGGGGAGGUGACGAUUCUUUCAACACCUUUUUCAGUGAGACUGGGGCUGGCAAACAUGUCCCACGAGCUGUCUUUGUUGACCUGGAACCCACAGUGAUUGAUGAGGUCCGAACUGGCACCUAUCGUCAGCUGUUCCAUCCUGAACAGUUGAUCACUGGCAAGGAAGAUGCUGCCAACAACUAUGCUCGUGGUCACUACACCAUUGGAAAAGAAAUUGUUGAUCUGGUACUUGACAGAAUCCGAAAACUGGCUGACCAGUGCACUGGAAUGCAAGGUUUUCUCAUCUUUCACAGCUUUGGUGGAGGUACUGGUUCUGGAUUUGCUUCUCUUCUCAUGGAACGUUUGUCUGUAGACUACGGCAAGAAAUCCAAGCUCGAGUUUGCCGUCUAUCCAGCACCGCAGGUGUCCACUGCAGUUGUUGAACCCUACAACUCCAUCCUGACCACCCACACCACGCUGGAACAUUCUGACUGCGCCUUCAUGGUGGACAACGAGGCCAUUUAUGACAUCUGCCGCAGGAACCUGGACAUUGAGCGACCAACCUACACUAAUCUGAACCGUCUGAUAGGACAGAUAGUCUCAUCAAUCACUGCCUCCCUCAGGUUUGAUGGUGCACUGAAUGUGGAUCUGACAGAGUUCCAGACCAACUUGGUACCUUACCCUCGUAUCCACUUCCCACUGGCCACCUAUGCUCCAGUCAUCUCCGCUGAGAAGGCCUACCAUGAGCAGCUGACUGUUGCCGAGAUCACAAACGCCUGUUUUGAGCCGGCCAAUCAGCUGGUGAAGUGUGACCCACGACACGGCAAGUACAUGGCCUGCUGCAUGCUGUACCGGGGAGAUGUGGUCCCCAAGGACGUCAAUGCCGCCAUUGCCACCAUCAAGACCAAGCGGACCAUCCAGUUUGUGGACUGGUGCCCCACUGGUUUCAAGGUGGGAAUCAACUACCAGCCUCCUACUGUUGUCCCUGGGGGAGACCUGGCCAAGGUGCAGCGGGCAGUCUGUAUGUUGAGCAACACCACAGCCAUCGCUGAGGCUUGGGCUAGGCUUGACCACAAGUUUGAUCUGAUGUACGCCAAGAGAGCUUUCGUGCAUUGGUACGUGGGUGAGGGAAUGGAGGAAGGUGAAUUUUCAGAGGCUCGUGAAGAUCUGGCUGCACUGGAGAAGGACUACGAAGAGGUCGGCUGUGACUCAAAGCUUGAUGACGAGGGCGAGGAGCAGGAAGACUACUAA